CACACAAUACACAUUCGCCGAUGAUAAUUUUCAGUGUUUUUGUGAUAAACCUGACAAUUUUCUUGAAAUUUUUGCAAAAAGUUCUUCAAAAAUCAGAAUUCAAGUUGUACUUUCUUCACCGGAAUCAUAAUUCACCUCCAAAAUGAAUCCUAUGACGAACAUGAAAAAUGUAGUAAAGCUCAGCGAACGAGAGCUAACAUCCAAUUCUAAAUCUUCCUGGCAUGACGAAUACAAAGGCAGUGCUUGGAUUUUCGUCGGUGGUUUACCCUACGAUCUUUCAGAAGGAGAUCUCACCUCAGUUUUUUCUCAGUAUGGAGAAAUCGCAAACAUGAACUACGUUCGCGAUAAAGAAACCGGCAAACCGAAAGGAUUCUGUUUUAUCUGCUACGAAGAUCAAAGAAGUACCAUUCUAGCUGUAGACAAUUUCAACGGAAUCAAACUUCUUGGUCGAACCCUUAGAGUAGAUCAUGUGAAGGAUUACAAACCACCUAAAGAUAAAGACGAUAAAAAUAAACGGAAACGAGGCGAUUUCAAUGAUCGAAAAGAUCACAGAGAUAACGAUGAAAAAAGAGACUGGAGGAAUCACGAUGAAAAGAGAGACCAAAAAGAACCCGAUGAAAAAAGAGACCGUAGUGAUUACGACGAAAAAAGAAACCAUAGAGAUUACGAUGAAAAAAGAGACCGUAGAGAUCACGAUGAGAGGAGGGAUCGAAGAGAUUACGAUGAAAAAAGAAAUCACAGAGAUUCUAGACGAUCGUGAACAAGAACUCGAAUCAAUUGCGAACAUUCGUCUUUCAAUUUUCCUUACUCUUUGCUUAUGAGAGUGUUGAUUUGCUGAACUGCCUUAACGAUUGAUUAAAUAAUGCAAUGAAAUGUUGAAUAUCCCAGAUUUGUCGAACUAUUGAAUAAAUACUGAACGUUUUUGUAUUUUUAAAUGAUUAGAUUCACUUUUAUCGAUUUCCAACCGAUUGAUUCGAACAUCGAUACGAUUUUUCGAUUCGAUCGAAUACCAAUACGAAAAUCCAAACUUCAUUCUAAGGAUCAUAUCUGAAGGAUUAUCAGCAUACCAUCAAGGUUUAGCAACUUUGAAAACUCUUCUCACGUCACCUCGUAUGAAUAAAAAGGAAAAACUCAUUAUUCCAAAUUAUUUAUUCACGUAUAAUAAUAUACAAAAUACAAAAUAGAUAAGUAUAUUUGCAACAGUAACAUAUAACACAGUUUAAUAAAAUGAAAAAAAAAAGUUAAAAAAAAGUAAUAAAAAAAAAAGAAAAGAAAAAAUACACGUAACUAUUUCAAUACCUAUUAGUUGGAUGUUACAAAAAAAUGCGUUAAUAAAA